AUGCAAUUCAAGAACAUCGUCGCCACUUUCGCCUCCGUCGCCGCCGUCCAGGCCGCUAACGCCUCCAACGGAUCCAACGGAUCCAACGGUUCUAACUCCACCUCCACCAAGGUCUCCACCGGUGCCGCCGCCACCAACGCCAUGGGCGCUGGUGUCUUCGGUGCCGCUGUUGCCGCCGGUGUUGCUUUGUUGUUCUAA